AUGCCUUCUGGAGAGGGGAGAAUGUCGUGCCUCCGCUGCGCCCGACACAGCCGGGUGGAUUUUCAGGUUAAACCUUAUGCCAAAUGGAGCCGGGAAGCACAGUCUUUUGUAACUCAAAUGUAUUUGACUAUCAGCUACUCUUCUUGGAAGAAAACGGGUUGCUUUGGAGUGACACAGAAGGGAUGGGGCACUAACGGCCAGAGGACAUGCACAGGGCUUCAGAGGGAGAGCGCUGUGGAGGGAAAAUCAAGCUCUACCGAGGGAUCUCUGUCGUCACAAAAUACAAAAUUGAUUUCACCGAUAGUUAUUCCGCAGAUGAUUGAGAAUAAAUCAAAAGAAAAUGGUCCCACUCUGCCUAUGCAGUCCCUGACCCCCCAGCCCAGUGCUUAUCAGACGAAGCAACCUUUGUCUAACCAUGGCUCGGUCAAUAUUAAUAGAAAAUUGACAGAACUUCCCAGCAGAUUAGAAAUUCAGACAUCUUUAGAUGAUACCACGCCUCCAUCGGACUCUCCCACCACAGAGGGAAACCAGUGUCCAAACCAGCAGAAAGGGUUUUCCUCCAUAACCAUUACAGCCAGGCGUGUUGCUGGAGGCUCCGGCGACCCAGCACGUGGACCUAGGACUGGGCAAGAGCCCAACACUGUGUCCCCCACCUUGACCAAAGUCCCUGCUGUCCUCCAACGCUGGCCUCCGCUGGACCAUGCAAACCAAAGUGCCACUCCAUUAAAGAUUUCAGAAUCUUGCUUGCAAUUAAGCAAAGAGCCACAAAAGCAGCUUUUUAACCCUGGAAACAAGGAGAAGAGUGUGGGUCUUCAAAGCAGUGAUGGGAGAGAGAAAGUACCACCUUCCUUCAUCUCACAUGUCCACCUUCAGGUUUCUCAGCAGGGUCCAAGCACCAUCUAUUACGUAGACAAGUCGCUCAAUGUGUGUGUUGACCAACCUCGAAUCGAAUGCCAACAAAUUCAUAGAUCGGCGUUGUCCUUCAAAAUAAAUUGCAGUUCGUCUAGAUUAACAGCAGAUGGGGCAGAUGGCAUAGCUAAUGGAGAGCCAAUAGAGGAGCUAUUGAAGACAAAGCUCCUAGGAGCAAACAAGACUCCACUCAGAUCAAACUGGAGUGCAGACUUAACAGAAAAUAAUGUCAUUAAUAAAGAGACAACAACCAAAGCCUAUCUGGGUAGUAAACACCUUUUGCAAAGUGUCUUUGCCUCUGAACUUCCAGCAAUUGUGGAUAUACCCAGAGGACCUAAUAACGUAGGAACAACAAAGAAAGAUGAUGCUAAGCAGCCUGGCAGCUAUCACACCACAUUUUCUCUUUGGCUUCCUAAUUCAAGUAAGGCAGGAACACAAAUGCUGCCGGGAAACAAGAAGAAGCAACACACCGUGGACAAGAGCAGUGCAACGACCUCUGGCGCUCUUCCAGAUACAGCAUCCAGAAAUGCAAUCGCUGCUGCUACCGAUGGCUCAUUGAAAAAGAUAGAUCCCUCCAAAGGCACCUCCAAACCCAAAGACAUCCAAGCCCAGGGCAUCAUCUUGAAAGCAAAAAAGUCUCUCUCCGAUAGUAUGUGCUAUGUAAAGGCAUCAUCAAGAAUCCUCGUGGAAGAAUACGUUCACAGGCAAAACCAGCUCCUAAAAAUAUCCGGGGCUCGCUCGCCAGAUGUUACUCGUGAGAAAAACGACACGCUCGCCCAGCCAGAAAGCGGCACCCAGCCUGAGGAAAUUCCACCAGCCCCGCGGACGCUGAGGGAAGCACUAGAAAUCCACAAGCCUCAGUUCAUCUCUCGUUCCCAAGAAAGGCUGAAGCAACUCGAACAGAAGGUCCAGCUGAGGAAAGCCCAGCAGAGCGAUGCUCCUGCCAGCACCCAAGGACCUCUUCUUCGCAAGCUUUCCUCAACAUCCACUUCAAGCAGAAAAAAGCAAUACACCAUUCCUGACCCGCUCAGCG